CAGAGGGGAGAAGAGUGUUAGGGUGUGAUGGGUUUGCCUUGAUGUUUCCUGCCCAUUUCCUGGACAUCUACGUCAAGUUUUACUAUCAGCCCUCCCUGAACUGCAGUAUCUACGCACAGCAGCAGCUUUACCCACAGUCUGAAGGUGAGAUGAAUUUGGAGGAGUACUUCAAAAGAAUUGGUUUCCAUGGCUUAUAUGAUAAACCGGAUCUCGCAACACUGAAGUUGAUCCACAAACAGCACGUCAUGUCAGUUCCAUUUGAAAACCUCAGCAUUCACUGUGGAGAGAGGAUCACCAUGGACCUUGACCUGAUAUUCAAUAAAAUAGUGAGGAGCAGCCGUGGGGGUUGGUGCCUUGAGAACAACUUUCUGUUUGGCUGGGUGCUGAGAGAAAUGGGCUACGACACUACGACGUUGGGCUCCAGAGUGUUCAACAGUACCAGCAAUGAGUUUUGCCCUGGUGAAACUCAUCUCGUCAACAAGGUUGUCAUUGAUGGAAAGGCUUACGUCGCAGAUGUAAGCUUUGGGGUAUCUUCACAAGUGUGGGAGCCCCUGGAACUCGUCUCUGGAAAGGACCAACCUCAGGCAGCGGGAGUCUUUCGUCUUAUAGACGAGGGGGACAUGUGGGUGCUGGAGAAGACUGGUAGGAGGGCAGAGGUUCUCAAUCCAGACUUUGCCAAAUCCAGUCUGGUGGACAGGAAAGAAACAAAGAAGAUCUACGGCUUCACUUUGGUACCGCGCAAGGCCGAUCAUUUCUUUGAGACAAACCACAAACUCCAGACAGAUCCUACUUCACUGUUCACCAACAAGUCCAUCUGCUCUUUGCAAACCCCAACAGGAUUCAGAGCCCUUGUUGGCUGGACCUACAGUGAGGUCAUCUACAAACCUGAGCAAGGCGUUGAUGUCUUAGACAUGAGAGAUGUAACAGAUGAUGAGAUAGAGCUAAUUCUGAGGGAAAAGUUUAAUGUAAAGCUGCAGAACAAACUGCAGUCUGUAAACAAAACAGCAUGCUACACAAUCUGAAAAACAAGACAUAUUCUGUUUUAAAAUUGUCCUGAAAUUAGGCCACAACCUGUGUUGAUUUCAUGACUGAGACAAGCUACCCGCAGCUUGUUCAAGAAUCUGUUUCAAAAAUUAGCAUUGCCUUUGUUGAUGAUCAUUAUAUAAUGACUGAACUAAUAAUAAACAGUACUUAAAAUGUGUUAA